UAUCGCAUCGCCUUUCUCUUCGGCCCAAUGACUCUGCUUAGAUCCGGUACCGCCUCGAAGGCGGGACUGGGUCCCAGCCGCGACCAAUGGCACCCCGGGUGAGGGUGGGGGUGGAAGGUGCCUGUUAGCUCGUGGUGCAGCUACCAGCGCGUGUGCUGGGCUACCUGGUCGUCAUGGAGGCAAUCUUGGCGGAAGAGCUUGCUGAGGAGGAGCAGCUAGUGAGAAGGCAUCGCAAAGAGAAGAAGGAGCUGCAAGCCAGAAUUCAGGGUAUGAAGAAUGCUGUUCCCAAGAAUGACAAAAAGAGGAGGAAGCAACUCACCGAAGAUGUUGCUAAGUUGGAAGCAGAAAUGGAACAGAAACAUAAAGAAGAACUGGAGCAACUGAAGCUAACUUCUAAGGAAAGUAAAAUAGAUUCUGUUGCUGUUAACAUUUCAAACUUGGUUCUUGAGAAUCAGCCACCUCGGAUAUCAAAAGCACAAAAGAGACGGGACAAAAAAGCUGCAUUGGAAAAGGAGCGGGAAGAAAGGAUAGCUGAAGCUGAAAUUGAGAACUUAUCUGGAGCCAGACACUUAGAAAGUGAAAAACUUGCUCAAAUAUUGGCAGCAAGACAGUUGGAAAUUAAACAGAUUCCAUCUGAUGGCCACUGUAUGUAUAGAGCCAUUGAAGAUCAACUCAAAGAACAGAAAUGCCCUUUGACUGUGGCUGCCUUGAGAAGUCAAACUGCUGAAUAUAUAAAAGGCCAUGUGGAAGACUUUCUGCCAUUUUUAACAAACCCUAAUACGGGAGAUAUGUAUACUCUAGAAGAGUUUAGGAAGUACUGUGAUGAUAUCGUCAACACAGCUGCAUGGGGAGGUCAGCUUGAGCUAAGAGCCUUGUCUCAUAUUUUACAAACACCAAUAGAGAUAAUACAGGCAGAUUCUCCUCCUAUUGUAGUUGGUGAAGAAUAUCAAAAAAACCCAUUAAUACUUGUAUAUAUGAGACAUGCAUACGGCUUAGGAGAACAUUACAAUUCUGUUACACAGUUGGUGAACACAGCUACUGAAAAUUGCAGCUAGUUUACAAAAUGUUACACAAUUAUGUUUUAGUACAGUGUGCCGAUCUGAGUCUUCUUACAAGUGCUGGAUUGUUCUGACAUUACUGAAAAACACAACUACCUUAAAUCAGUUUUAUGGCAAAGCUACUAACACAUUUUUUUUUAAAGUAUGCCAGAGAUAAACUUUAACCAGUGUUCCCUUUGUGGUAUUUAAAAACACUUGUGAGUCGUUGUGGAAUACAUCAUUUACAGACCAAGAUAGUACCUAUUUGCUGAUAUUUUUACUAAUAUAGGGUCUUGAACAUUCUGUUAUGCGUUGAAAUAAAUUUGAUUUUUCUCCUUAUUACUAAAAGCUUUCAGUAACCAUUUUAAUGUAACUUUCUUGAAGAAAUGAAUUGACUUGGUCAUUGCAAAAAUGUGCUAAAGGUGACAGCAAAUCUAAUUAAUGCUUAUAAAUGUAUCUGAUUUCAGUAACCCUGGUACUUGAUGGAAUUAAUACUAUGAAGCUUUUUAUAUAACCCCAUCAAAGUGCAGCUAAAAAGCUUGCUUUAAUAACUAAAAAUUUUAAAAUAUUUAUUCACAUGGGAAUCAGUUAAGUGUAAGAAAUGAGAAAUUUAAAGGUAAAUAGGUGUUCCUAUCAGAUCAGACCUCUAAAGAAGUACCAUCAUGUUUUCUUACAGUUUUUUAGUGUCUUUUAUUUUUUUAUUCUAUUUUUUUUUAUUUUUUAAGUAAUCUCUCCACCCAACAUGGGGACUUGAACACAUGACCCCACAAUAAAUAACGAGUUGCCUGCUCUAAGUGAACCAGCCAGAAGCUCCAGUACCAUCAUUUCUUGAUCAUAUUCAAAACUGCAAAUUUUUAUAUUCUUCGUUAUGUUUUCCUCGUCACCACUUAGCUGCUUUGCUUUCCUUGUGGUCUUUUCCACUCAUAAAUAGUUUGUGGCCUCUCAUUUUUUUUUUUUUUUUAACUUGUACACACUGAAGGAGUAGCAAUGUAAAAGGGUCCAAGGCCAACUUUACUUCAAAUUCUCCUCACUUUCAAUUUGUCUUACCAGACCUCUGUUUUUGUUUCAUUCUCCAGGAUUAGAAGAAAGUUAGUUAGCCUACAUUUAUUUCAGAUAUGUGAGAAUGUUUAUGUUACAUAUAGGGAUCAAGUUGAAAGCCACUGUUUGGGAGCUAAGACUGAAUAGUAAAAUCAGUAUACAAUACUUUCUGAUAUGAAUGAUUUAUUUGGCUCAGAUUUCACAUUAUUCUUAACACUAUUCUAAGAAGAUAGUAUCUGUAUGUAGAAACAUGUCUCGCUGAUAAUUUGUUAUGUAACUAAGUAUUAAUGAAAAUGAAACUUUUGGUUUCAUCUGUUUUUCCCAAAUUAGGAGUAAAUACUAAGAUUUAGCAUCAAAUUUGUAAUAUUUCAAUUUUUGCUCCAUGAGCGCAACUAAUUUUUGUAAGUAAAUAUUGGGUUUUAUGAUAUUAAAACCAGUUGUUAGUCUCACAUGCCCACCUGAUGACAAUGUGGGAAGCUGGUAGGGACUGUGGUCAGCUAUAGCAAGUACUGCACGAAGGUGUUCUAGCUCAAAUGAUGAAAAACUGUUCUGUUUGCCUAACAAAGUAUAUUCUGAAGGCUGACUGUUUUGUAAUCCUUGAUCUGAAAUUGUUUGGGUCUGAAAUUAUAAAAGAAUUAAAUUAUAAAAUGGUAAAUGGCUGACCUUUUUUUAUGAAAUCAUCUGUUACUUUAAAAUCAAAAGAUAAGCAUUAAGAAGUAAUAAAAAAAGUAUCAUAAACCUAGUUAGUACAGAUGCCAUCUAUAUUUAAAAUAACUUCCUCGUAAUUAUUUUUUCUUAAUAAGAUGAAUGGAACUUUCUUGAUUAUAGGUUUAUUUUUAUUAUUUUUUAUUUUUAAAUGGGCAGAUAUUGUUAUGAGUAAGAUUUGUGUGGUCAGCUUCUAUUCUUCCAUAAAACUUCAAAUAAAAAUCAUUUUAGCUGUAACCAAAAACUGAAGUCUUUAAAAAAUGGCAGAUGUAAUUUAAAAACAGUAUAUACUAAUUUAGUUUGCUGUAUGAUUAUGGUCUAAUGGAAGUUUCAUAAGCUCUCUUUUCUCUUAAUUCAGAAAAGUAUAUGUCAGAGUUUUGGAAUAUGUCUUUAGCCAAGAAUUUUAUCCACUUACAUAUGUUUACAAACUUAUAUAAAGCAAAAAAGAAUGUAUGUAACUAUAGUGAGCAAUAUAGUUUUGCUCAUGUUAUCUGAUGUUUGCCAAAAGAAGAAUAAAAGAUGUAUGAAUUAAA